UUUUGAGGAAAAAAAAUGCCAAGUCAGACAUUUCGAAACCAUGCAUUGGCGGCAGAAACAGACAUCCAUAUCUGCCUUGCGAACACCGUAUCUACCAUUAACUAGGAAAUUAACACCAAAUCUCCACCGCACCCGUGCUCCAUAUGGAAGGAAAGAAAGAAGAGUCGAAAUAAAUCCAACCCGUGUUUGUUCUCUGGUUCUCUACGAUUUCCUCGAAUUCCCAGACCUCGGGUAGGGAUGGAUUCGCUCCCGGACGGCUACUGGGAUCUCGACUCCUAUAGACGCCUCAUCGACGAAGCCGUCUCCAUCGAUAUCUUCUUGAACGAUCCCCCAAGUGCUGGUGUGGAGAUUGAAUCUUCUUUUACAGAUGCUACCACCAAAGCAAAUGGAAUUAGAAAAAGGGAGCGUGAUGAACCAUGUGUUAUUCAAGGAUCCAAAGCUUGUCGUGAGAAAAUGAGGAGAGACAGGAUGAAAGAAAGGUACUCGGAACUUAGCUUGCUUUUGGAGCCUGGGAAGCCUGUCAAACCUGACAAGUGUGCAAUACUGAAUGAUGCCAUUUGUUUCUUGAAUGAGCUAAAAGCUGAGGCCCAGGAUCUUAAAGAUGCAAAUAAAAAGCUUAAGGAGGACAUAAAAAACUUAAAGGAGGAGAAACAUGAACUUCGGGAAGAGAAAUCUCUACUGAGAGCUGAGAAGGAAAGAAUGGAGGAGCGUGUAAAUUCCCUGUCCAUAUCUACUCCUGGAUAUGUGCCUGCACCUCCUGCAGCUUAUCAUGCUGGUAUAAGCAAGUUGAUGGCUCUUCCUAGUUAUGGUACUAUACCUAUGUGGCAAUGGAUACCGCCUGAUGUUCGUGAUAUUUCAAAAGAUCAUGAGCUUAGACCACCAAUGGCUUAGUCAUAUUUUAUGGUUGGUCACAACGUGUUAAAUUCAUCAGUGAACAAGAAAUGUUUUGAAAUUCUUCCUUUCAGUUACAUUUAGAAGCUUACCAUGCUGAUAUACUUCAUUUUCUUUGAAAAUGUUCCGAGUCUCGAACUAUAUGUCAAGAAAUAAUGAUUGACUUUAAAUAUCAAAUAUUU